UCUCUCUCUCCACCAAUUAGAAAAGAUUAUAGACCAAGAAUUUCGGACAUUGCAUCAAAUUUUGUUAGUCUUCAAGGCAAUCCUAAAGUUAUGGAAGCGCAUCAACACCAAAAGAACAGAGAAAACUAUGUGGAAAAGCAAAUUGAAGAAGGAGUAGUAGCACAGUUAAGGCAAGAAAAUAAAGAAGACCAAGCAACAAAACAAUCAUCAUCAUCAUCACCACCACCAACAUCCCCAUCUUCACAACCUUCAGCGUCCUCCUCUCCUUCUCAUGAAUUCUCCUUCACGAUCUCUCUCAACUCUUCCUCCACCACAUUCCCUCCUAAAUCCAAAGCUCCACCUUCACUUGCAGUUGAUUUAUCUCCUGCUGAUGACAUCUUCUUCCAUGGUCACUUGCUUCCUCUCCAUUUCUUAUCACACUUCCCUGCAUCACCUCGCUCUUCCACCAACUCCAUGGACAGCUUCACCCUCCCCAUUAGAGAGUUAUUAGAAGAUGAAAAUCGUAGCAGCAGCAGCAGCAAUAGCAAUAGGAACAACGUCACCAUAGACUGCAAUAAAAGCAGCAAAAGAGAAGGCAACAACAACAAUACUAGAGGAACAAACGUAGAAGCUAAGUCCAAGUCCAAGUCCAAGUCAACUUUUUGGUUAUUUGGGUUUACAAAAGGGCGCAAAGGGUGUCAUAAAGUUAGAGAUAAGGAAGAUAAAGAGAAGCACAAGAAGAAGCUCAGUUUUGAAGUGAUCCAUGCAAUAAAAAAGUACUUAAGAAUGGUCCAGCCUCUAAUGCUUUUCAGAGGAAAAAGAGAGAAAAUUCGAUUCCGUGGACAGGGUUAUUCUUACUCAGGGAAUGUAACUCCGAGAAAUAAGAAAGAAUUGAAGGGUUGGAGAGGAGAAUAUUCAGCACCAGCAUCAAUGAUAACAUCUCCAACAAACAGUGGUCUUUUACUUUCAACCACUGUUCUUCCUCCUGCUAGUGAUAGCACCGUGCAAGAGUUGCAGGCAGCCAUUCAAGGUGCAAUUGCUCACUGCAAAAAUUCUAUUGCAAAAGAAGAGAACCUCAAAUGCUGAUUGGUGGAUAGGAGGGGAUUUUAUUUUAUUUUAUUUUAUUUUAUUUUUUUCUAUCAUUGAUUUCCUCUGUGGUAUAAUAAGUAAUUAAAAUUGUGUAGAUAAAAAUGUAUUACUAUAAUGGGAUGAAAAAAGAAGCACAACUUGAAAUAAUAUAUUAAAGAAGAUUAAUAAUUUGUGUCAUAGAUCUAGACCA